AUGGACACGUCGUCAACCCUCGCGACGAGCGCCACCCCGACAAUUCCCGCCGAACAGCUUGCCGCACUUACAUCGCUGCUGUCGGGACUCACCGCUGCCGCUUCCGGCACUACCGCACCCGCCACGACAUCCGGCUCCAAUCGCAAUGCCUUCCCGAAGCAUGCGCGGUUGGACGGGCCGAAGACGUUCGCGAACUGGACACGCCAGCUUCGCCUGUGCCUAGCGGACGACAUCCGCUCCUACGUCCUCGACGGAAUCACCCCCGACGAUUGGACGCCUUCGCAACGCUCCGCCCGCGACGUCGUGGCACGCGAGAUCCUUGCAAACUCAAUCGACUCGGCCGAAGUCUCGGCAGUCCUCGACAAGAUCCCUACGGCCGACCUCACAGCGCCCAAGAUUUACUCGACGCUGAAAUCGCGAUACGCCCCUGAUGACGCCACUCGCACGCUCGAGCUCUUCUCGCGACUCUGGGGCUUCCGACCCAUGCCCGGAACGGUUGGCGAAUUUGACAGUUGGAUCAUGGACUUCAAGUCGGUCGCGCAAGAGAUCAUCGAUACGAAAACGACGAUCAACGACGUCCUUGCCACACUCCUCCUCGCGAUCGCCCACCCGUCACUCGAGAGCUUCAAGGCAACGUUCACCGACGAACAACGCACGCAACGAACUCUCCCUGACAUCGAUUCAGUGGCCGACCGUAUGCGAGUUCAACUCCGGUCAACGAACCUCUCCAACGAUCAAUCGGCCCUCCUUGCCUCGUCGUCGCCACGUUCUACCCGUACCAAGUGCCUCGCCUGUCGCAGCCCUUCUCACCGCGUCGCACAAUGCCCUACAAGGGCCCAGCAUCCACCGCCAGGCCCGUGUCGCUCCUGCAAGAAGAAGGACCACUGGUCUUUCGACUGCAAAAAGGCUCUUGAGGACGGGAAAACGCCCGACACCUCUGAUGCGCAACACCAUGUCGGAUGUCUCGCCACCGGUCUUCUCGCACAUCGUCGUCAGCUUCGCAACAACUCCUUCGUCGUCGACUCGGGUGCCACUUCGCACAUGGUCUCGGACAAGUCGCUGUUCACGGCCUAUCGCCACAUCGCUCCUACGAAGAUUGGUGGUAUUGCAGGGGGCAUCAACGCCGUCGGAACGGGAAACAUCGCCUUUGUUGCCGCCUCCGGUCACCCGAUCACGCUUACCGGCGUGCUGCACACCCCGGGCCUGUCUGUCAACCUCCUCUCGGUCUCUCGACUUUGCGACACCGACGAUGUCCGUGUCGCCUUCACGAAGCACGGCAUCCAUAUCGACAAGAACGGCAAUGCUAUCGCUGAAGGCGCAAGACUCGAGGAAGGGCUCUACUUGCUGGACGCUGAUCAUUCCAAAUGUCAGCAUCUCGCUCUCCUCUCUCGCUCACAGUCUUCCGUGCCCCUGCUGACCCUUCACCGCUGCCUCGGCCAUCUCGCACCGUCGUCCAUACAGAAGAUGGUUGCCGCUGGUUUGCUGGAAGGUCUCGGGGCCGGAUAUAGUGACGAAGAGGUAGAGAAGUUUGUCUGCAAUGCUUGCCUCAGUGCAAAGGGCCAUCGUCUUCCUUUUCCCGAUUCGGACUCGCACUCCUCAGAGAGACUCGGCCUCGUACACAGCGAUGUGCUUUCCUUUCCCGAGUCGUCCUUGACUGGCAAGCGUUACCUGGUCACGUUUCUUGACGACUUCUCGCGCAAACUGUGGGCAUACGCGAUCGGACACAAAAGCGAAGUCUUUGGCGUGUUCAAGACAUGGCUUGCCGAGGUCGAACUCGAGACGGAUGCAAAACUGAAGGUCCUCCGAACCGACAAUGGUGGCGAAUACUGUUCGAGAGCGUUCACGGAAUUCUGUAAGGCACGCGGCACACGUCGACAAUACUCUAUCCCUCGAACGCCUCAACAGAACGGUCGUGCCGAACGAGUCAAUCGUUCUAUCGUCGAAGGUGUCCUUGCCCUCCUUGCAGACGCCCACUUACCCAAAUCAUUCUGGGAGGAGGCAGCAGCUUAUUUCGUCUACUGCAAGAACCUGUGCGAACACUCGGCCCUGGACAAGGCAACACCGAACUUCGCCUGGCAGGGCGACCGCACCAACGCCUCGGCGCUUCACCCGUUCGGCUGCACGGCUUGGCUCACAGUCGCGCCUGAACUUCGCUCGAAACUCGACCCGAAAGCGGUUCGCGUUCUCUUCACCGGCUAUGACCUGGCUUCUAAAGCCUUCCGUUUCUACGACACGACGACCAAGAAGAUCAGUUUGGGCAGAAAUGCCAGGUUCCUCGACAACGAAUUUCCCGGGUUACGUAGCGACUCCACCGAGCAAGACGCCGACACGCACUUCGCCAGCGCUUGCCCGACCACCGAAUUAUUCGAUCAACUCUACUACGUCAGCGAUGUAGUUAUAGCCAAGAGUGAUCAAUGCAUUUCAACAUACCUAUUCGAUCAACUCUACUACGUCAGCGAUGUAGUUAUAGCCAAGAGUGAUGAAUAG